GGCACGUUCAGUUGUGGUUGUAACUGACUGCUCGGCGUUUGUAGGGAAAGUCGCGACAGUUGUUUCCUGAGAUUGGUAGCGCCAGCAUGUGUGAACGCUUGGCAUGCAUAAUCCCAAAGGAGUGCCUGCGGGUCGCACACCACUACUGGGGGCCUGAAGGCUAUGAGUGCCCUCAAUGGCGUGAUCCAAGCCUGGAAGGCACCUAUGAGUGCUCCUACAACAUGCCACCACAAAGCUUUUGCCCAGUCUUGGUUCACAACAGCCAGCUCAGGGUAAAGACAGUAACCGAGCGUGUCUUGACCUCGAUGAGGUGGGGCCUCGUUCCAUCGUGGUACGAAAGCAAUCCAGCAGAGUUGAAGGCCAACACGAUCACCUGCCGCAUCGAAGCCGCUGCCAGCCAGGAAUAUUAUCUACCAGCCAUAACUGCAGGACAUCGAUGCAUCGUUAUUGCGGAGGGGUCUGUUUCAAAACCAUUUUGUCUUAUCAAAUGGCAAGCUUUGCUUUUGUAUGGGGAAAAGAUUGCCCGUCUCAUCUCCCGUUGUCCUCUUCCCUUAAAGCGGCUGCAGAAGAGGGCCCCAGCACCACCACAGAUGUAGUAGUUAACGGUUCUGUUUUCUACAGAAAUGCGCAAUGAAACAACAAACACUACCUCAAUGUCCUCAC